AUGGAUCCUGAACAAAGAGAAAGUAACAACGUUUCAACAGAUGAAACUGCAAAUUCGGAUGAAUCGUCUAUACCAAGUUUAUCUAGUUCCCCAUCAGAUGUCUCUAAUAUUUCUAGUAAUUUUGAAGGAUAUCCAUCUUCUAUAGAAUCACAAAUUCAUUCAGGAAGUGAUAUAUCUCAAAAUUUUCAUCAAAUAACUACUGGAAACGAUUCUAGUGAAAAUUUACAAUUACCUCCUGAAUUAUCUAUAGAAAAUUUAGCUUUUCAAGCACUUGUAUUAUGUUUUACUAUGAUAAGUGGAAGAAUUUCUAAUAGGAUAAUAUUAAGAAGAAGAAGACCACAUGUGGAUCCAGUUGAACUAGGAUCAGAUGGGGAAGAAGAAAUAGAAGAAGUUGAAAGCCAGCAAGAAGAAUUAGAUGCACACACAAAUGUUGAAGAAGAAGUUUUAAAUGGAACAAAUAUUGAUGACAUUGGUGAUACGAGCAUAUAUGAAGAAGUCUAUGUAUUAGCAGAAGAAGAUCGGGGUGAAUUACGAACAGACGAUUGUGUAAUUCUGUAA